CCACAUCAGUGCAGAAGAUGGCACUGGCCGACACGGAGCGCGCAGCGUCCACCUGCGCCGACUCGGGCUCCCCGUUUUCAGAGAUCAUUGAGCUGAACGUCGGCGGCCAGGUUUACGUGACCAGACACAAAACUCUCAUCGCCGUCCCGGACUCGCUGCUGUGGAACAUGUUCAGCAAGAAGUCACCCAAGGAGUUGGCGAGAGACAGCAAGGGGCGCUUCUUUCUGGACAGGGACGGGUUCCUGUUCCGCUACAUCUUAGAUUAUCUCCGAGACCUGAACUUGGUCCUGCCGGACUACUUCCCCGAGAAAAGUCGACUGCAGAGGGAGGCUGACUUUUUCCAGCUGCGGGACCUUGCCAAACGCCUCAGCCCCCGGGUGAGUAAGGACAAUUCAAUCAGCGAGGAGAUUAGCCAGAGUGACACGGAGGAAGGUGCGCAGCAGUGCGGCUCCUCCGGCGGCGCGGAGACUUUACGCACCAUGUCGGUCAGCGGGGCCAUGCGCUCCCCGUCGCUGGACUCCAGAAAGUCGGGCUACAUCACGGUAGGGUACCGCGGUUCGUACACCAUCGGCAGAGACAUCCAAACCGACGCCAAAUUCAGGAGGGUGGCGCGCAUCACGGUUUGCGGCAAGACGUCUCUGGCCAAGGAGGUGUUCGGGGACACGCUGAACGAGAGCAGGGACCCGGACAGGCCCCCGGAGAGGUACACAUCCCGCUACUACCUGAAGUAUAAUUUUCUAGAGCAGGCGUUUGACAAGCUGACAGAGGCGGGCUUCCACAUGGUGGCCUGCAGCUCCACAGGCACCUGCGCCUACACCAGCAAUGAUCCUAACGAGGACAAAAUCUGGACAAGCUACACUGAAUAUGUCUUCUGUCGGGAAUAACAAACAGCAGACGUGUCACGCUGAUGUAAAUAGACAUUUCACAAUCUACAGGGGGCGUCUUUAAGAAGUAUUGCUGUGUUGAAUGGUAACGUUUGUCAAGGGCGAGUGAGUGCAAACAUGUUGCUCCAUUAUGAGCCAAACAGCAGUGUUAAAAACCAGAGACACUAAAUGCCCCUGAAGAGAUCCUCCACAAGCAGAGGAUCCUGAAAUGUGGGUGUUCACAGUGAUCAGAGCAUCAUUUGCGUGGACACACCCAUCCAAAGCUCCCUCUGCCUGGAAAACACCAAGAAAAUGCCACCACGUCCAUCUCUGAGAACUGCAUGUCAAUGCUUCAGUCAUCACUGACUCAGUGCUGUGUGAACUGAGCGGGAUCCAAGAACAGACAAGCAGCGAUUAGUAUUCAGUGUCAUUGUAACUUCUAGGCUUGUUGAUCACAUGUUUGGCUGAGUUUUGUAUUAUCUAGUAGGUUCGUAUAGCAGUUCCAUCGCUGACAUGACUGUAAGUGUAUGUGCUUGCUUGGUAGAAAUGUAU